UAGAUACGCAUUGUAUUCUUUUUUAUGUCUAUAUCAUCUGUUGAUCUACAUGAGAAGAAAGAAUCGUUGCAGAAUAUUUAAUGAUCUUGCAUUUUGUUUCAGGUCAACAACUAAUCAUUCCACAGUCUCAUCAAAAGGAGUCAAUUUCCCAAGAAACAAACAGUUCAACAGAAAUUUAGGAAUGAGUUAGCGCUUGAUGCUUAAGUAAUAACGUAACGAAUGCACCCUUAUUAAUAACGUUACGAAUGUACCUCUACUGUCGAUUGAAAAGGGAUUCAGAGUAGAAAAGGAAAGUAAAUAAAUCUUUAAUAUAGAUGAAACAAUUCAGUAUUCACACCUGAAGACACUGCCAACGACGCUCCUAGGUCACGCCAUGCGACACUGCCAAUGACGCUUCUAGCGUCACACCUUGCGACACUGCCAACGACGCUCCUAGCGUCACACCUUGCGACACUGCCAACGACGCUCCUAGCGUCACACCUUGCGACACUGCCAACGACGCUCCUAGCGUCACACCUUGCGACACUGCCAACGACGCUCCUAGCGUCACACCUUGCGACACUCCCGGCGGCACACUAGGCAUCACACCUUGCGACGCUUCUGGUGAUACUCCUGGAGACAAGCUUGGUGACACCCGGAGAUGCACACAGUCGGCACACUGGCGACACACGACGACACACCUAGCGACACUCCUGGCUAUACUCCCGGCGACACACCUUGCGACACAUCUAAUGACACCCCCGGCGACACUUCCGGCGACACUUCCGGCGACACACAUGAAGAAGGGUUACUAAAAAGAAACUCCCGACCAGUCUUUACAGAUGAAUUCCGUAGCACUUACUGUCGGGAAUCCGUAUGAAUGUAACAUAUGUGGUAAGGAAUUCAGUCGACUUUCAGAUCUGUUGAAACAUAACAGAGAGGAAGUGUGCAAAGCAGAGCCGCCUUGUAAAUGUGAUAUCUGUAAUAUUACUACGUCAUUCGACUACCGGAAGUUACAUCAAACGGCUCCUUCACUCAAACCUCCUAACGGACCUGACAGGAAACCAUUACACUUCCAGGUACAACACAGAACCAUUAGAAGUAACGGUCAGAAACCCAUUAGGAGUAACGGACAGAAAACCAUUAGGGGUAACAGAGAGAAACUUAGUAAGAAAACACCAUAUAUCCAACAAAAGCGAAGUUUAACUCAUGCCGGCGAAAGGAGAUUCAAGUGUGAAAUAUGCGGGGCAGGAUUUCGACGACCUUGUAACUUGAAAGAACACACAAAGAUUCAUACAGGAGAGAAGCCUUUCACGUGCGAAAUAUGUGGUAAAGGUUUUAUUUCAUCAUCUAAAGUACGACGACAUCGAGUUAUACACGUGAAAGAGAGGCCUUUCAAGUGUGAUAUCUGUGAUAAACGGUUUAGUCAGAUGUCUUUUCUCCGCGUGCAUUCCAUGACCCAUGCUGGACAAUAUUAUUCUUGUGAGGAAUGUGGAACGGCUGUCAGGUUGUCACAUAUAUUACAGCUUGCUCCAAGUGUCGGUACAGGAGUGGAGGCAUGCAGGUGUCCAAUAUGUAGUAAAGAGUACAGCUCUCUCUCGGAUUUACAGCGACAGCACGUGACGGAUACAGGAGAGAAACUGUUCACGUGCGACAUCUGUGGAAAGUCCUUCGGCGUGUUAAGGAACUUACAGCGACACACACAGCUCAAACAUGCCAGGAGGAAUCCAUCCGACUGUGGUUUCUGUGGCAGGACCGACUGUGUGUCGUGUAAUAUGCAAAAUAUACGAGAGAAUAUGCAACCGACAAUAAUAUAUAGACCCCAGAUCUCGCCCAUUAUAAACAUACAGACAAUCUAUCUACCACCGACUGUGUGUUAUAACUCCAGAGAGCUGGUUAGUGAGAAUUCAGGCAUGAUGCAUAUCACCGAGCUGGGUGGGACUGUUGGUGGGACUAUUGGUGAGACUAUUGGUGAGACUGUUGGUGAAAGUGCGCUAACUGAUGUUAGCGAGUCUCUUCUUGUUAGCGAGACUGUUGGUGUUCGUGAAAUUAUUGGUGUUAAUGAGACCAUCAGUAAUACUGUUUGUGUUAGUGAGAAUACUGGUGUUAGUGAGAAUACUGGUUUUAGUGAGAAUACUGGUUUUAGUGAGAAUACUGGUGUUAGUGAGAAAACUGGUGUUAGUGAGAAUACUGGUGUUAGUGAGAAUACUGGUGUUAGUGAGAAUACUGGUGUUAGUGAGAAAACUGGUGUUAGUGAGAAUACUGGUGUUAGUGAGAAUACUGGUUUUAGUGAGAAUACUGGUGUUAGUGAGAAUACUGGUGUUAGUCAGACUGGUAAUGAUGUCACUGGUUUGAAUACGAUGCCUAGCGUUAUUGAAAUAACCGGUCUAAAUGAGGUUAUUGGAGCGAGAGAGUUUACUGAGUUUUGUAGAACCGCUGUUGAUGAGAGUUUAAGAGUUUUUGAGACAACUGAUAUUAGUACGAAUUGUAUUGUAACUGAGAAAUUUGGUGUUGGCGAUUCUGGCAUUGUUAGAGAAAUUGACGGCGUUAGUAAACACACUGAUGUUAGUGAGAUAGUUAUCGAGCCAGCCUCUGUAACUGAGCAAACGAAAGUUGUACAAAUCAGCGACACGUGCGAUAUAACCUGUGUCAGUGUGACGACUUCUCUUAACGGCACAUGUGGCAUUUGUGAGACUACUGGCGUCAUAGAGAUUAACGGAGUUAGUGAGAUUACUGGAGUUAGUAAGAUUAACGGAAUAAGUGAGAUUAAUGGAGUUAGUGAGAUUAACGGAAUAAGUGAGAUUACUGGAGUUAGUGAGAUUACUGGAGUUAGUAAGAUUACUGCAAUUAGUAAGAUUAAUGGAGUUAGUGAGAUUACUGCAGUUAGAGAGAUCAAUGGAGUUAAAAAGAUCAGUGGUGUUAGCGGAACUACUUCCAGUUAUCAAUUUGAUAUCGGUUUCUCCGACACGAAAAUGUUUAAGUCCGAUGACGGUGUACUUGUUAUCAUAUUCAAGGCGGAUAAACGUCCCAUGGGACCAUGGUAAAAUACAAGGUCACAAAGAUUAAGGUUUGUGCAAAAGGAAAUAAAAUCAUUCACACUGUG